AUGGCUCUCCUCAGCACGGUGUUGGAGUUUUUAGGUCACUCUCGUCUCAUUGGCUGCAUCGCUCUCUUGGCUUGGCUCAUCCUCUUCCAUCUCCUGGUGAACGUGUGGCUUCUGUGUAUCUUCACCAGUUUCUUGGUCGUCCUGGGGGGCUGGCUCGGCCUCCGAACUUUACUGGACGCUAACAGCCUUUUGCAUUUAGAGCACUUCCUUCCACUGGGUAAACUGACCGCUCCUGUGUACUCUCCUGAACAAGAGUGGAGGUUAAACCAUGAGAUCCACAGUGCAGCACAUAAAGCUGUGCGGGAUUUUGUGUCAUCGUGGUACCGCACUGUUCUGCCCGAGGUGGAGGGCGAGUUUGAGCGGGCCGUCCUCAACUGCAUGCUGGAGUCUGUGAUGGAGCUGAAGGAGCGUGCAAGGAGAGUGGACAGAAAGGAGUUUAUUCAAAGGCUGCUUGAAGUAUAUGGAUGUCAUCUGCAAAGCUACAUGACAGCUAAACAAAUACAGUCGUCACACAAUAAAGACAUCAGCCUAUGGGAGGUCUACAGCGAAGUAGACCAGCCCCAUCCCGCUGUAGGCUCGGAUGAACGGAGCUACUCCAAAGCCCUGGUCAACCUGGUCUUACAUGUUCUUGUGCCGUAUCCUCAAAUGGAGACUAGAACUGGUAGCUACAUGGUCACUGAGCUCAUCACCUGCAAUGUUCUCCUCCCACUGCUUCACAGAGUGGCUGAUCCUGAUUGGCUCAACCAAACCAUAGUGGAAAUCUUCACCAGGUCCAAAGCCCCUCCAGAAAUGACACCGCUGCUGACUGAGACGUUAUAUCAAUAUCCCAUUCAGCAUGAGUCCUGGGUCACCUGCUGCUCCCUGUCCUCAGCAGAGCCCCCAGGUUUGGUCUCCUCCAGCCUUGGCACUAUCACAGCCAAAGAGCAGCGCGGCACAAGCUCUCAUCUCUUUACUGUCUAUAUUAUAAAGUUUGAUACAAUAAAUGUGUCUGAAAAUGGUGCCACUGAGCAAACUUUCAUCACUCACACAGUCAACCAUAGAUACAGCGAGUUCCUCAACUUGCAAACACGACUGGAGGAGAAGCCUGAAUUGAAAAAAUUGCUUAAAAAUAUCAAGGGUCCCAAGAAGAUCUUCCCAGACAUUUCCUUUGGUAAUUCGGACAGCGAGAAGGUGGAAGCCCGUAAAUGCCAGCUUGACUUCUUUCUCAAACAAUUGAGUAGUUUUCCAGAGACGGCCAACAGCGAGGACAUGCAGGAGUUCCUUGGCCUCAACUCUGACAGCUGCACGCAUUUUGGAAGGAGACCCGUCGGCAAAUCCAGGAUUGAUAAGAUGAUGGAGAAUGCACUGGACACUUUGAAGACUGCUUUCCCCUACCCAGACCUGAGCCCAAAUGAAGACUCAGACGUAGACACGGAUGGAAAGAUGGCUGAGAUGAGGAAAUACAGGAGGAUGUUUCAGAGCAGGAUGUCGACCUCGCUGAACAUUUCCGAGGUGCCUCCGAAGGUCACUUACUGCUAUAGCGCAAACUGCAAAUUGCUCAAUGGGAUGACACUCACAGGCCUGGACCACUUUGUGAAGGAACAAGAGCAGAACAUUUGUAGUGUAUCUGAGAAAGAAUCCAGGCUGCAUAGUGAGCAGUGUGAUAAAAACAUUUUGACCUGUGGAGAAAACAGCACAGAUACAGCUGUGGCAGAUGUGGCCUUAAACAUCUUGUGUCUGUUGAUGAAGGACCAGUGGAGCUGGUUGUGCACUGAGAACAUCCAGAAGGUUCUCCGACUGCUCUUUGGCACGUUCAUAGAGAGGUGGCUGAAUGUGGGGGUGGCUCACCUGACGAGCGCCCCCUGCUGGGUGAUUUACCUGCAGGUGCUGCAGGAGGCAGUGUGGCCUGGCGGCACGUUGCCCGCACAGCCUCGACCUGAGCGCAGCGCUGCUCAGAGGGAGGAGACCAAGGAGAGAUGCCUGGAGUGUCUGAUGCAGCUCAUGCCACAGCUGGUGACGGACAUGCUCGGCGCUGAAAAGUUUCGUCUGAGUUUGGAAACAGUGCUGGAGUCUUUACAGGCCUAUCAGAUAAACAAGCAUCUGCUGUACUGUGUGUGUGAUCUGCUGGUGGAGCUGCUCAUUCCUGAAUCCUGUAAUGAGUCCUUUCAAACGUCGUUACUACAUAGACUUGAAAAAGACAGUGAGAAAGAAAGAAAUCACCACACAUGA